UGCCUGUCAUUUGGCUUGGGGAACACAGCUCGUCAUGGGACGACCUCAAAGAUAUCUCUCCAAAAUGGGUCUCUUACUUGGGUGAUGUGUCUGCUGCCUUGACUGUCUUCAUACCUGGAGGAUUUAUUUUCCUUUUGGAAAUAUAUUAAGUUGAAGUCUUAUUCCUUACUGGAAAUUACCAACGCUAAAGACUGGCAAGAUGGGUGAUAUGGCAAACAACUCGGUUGCAUAUAGUGGUGUAAAAAAUGCUGUCAAAGAAGCUAAUCAUGGAGAAUUUGGAGUCACUCUUGCAGAGCUUCGUUCUCUUAUGGAACUUCGAGCUACAGAUGCACUGCAUAAAAUACAGGAAUGCUACGGAGAUGUGCAGGGCAUCUGUGCAAAAUUGAAAACUUCACCAAAUGAAGGUUUAAGUGGAAAUCCAGCAGAUAUAGAAAGGAGAGAAGCAGUUUUUGGGAAGAACUUUAUACCUCCUAAAAAGCCAAAAACAUUUCUUCAGUUAGUAUGGGAAGCACUACAGGAUGUUACACUAAUUAUAUUAGAAAUGGCAGCCGUAGUGUCCUUGGGCCUUUCUUUUUACCAGCCUCCUGGAGGAAAUGAAGCAUUGUGUGGAUCAGUAAAUGUUGGUGAAGAGGAGGAGGAAUCUGAAGCAGGUUGGAUUGAAGGUGCAGCCAUCCUCCUUUCUGUUAUCUGUGUUGUACUUGUCACUGCCUUCAAUGACUGGAGCAAGGAGAAGCAGUUUCGUGGACUGCAGAGCCGUAUUGAACAAGAACAGAAAUUCACAGUCAUCAGAGGUGGCCAAGUCAUCCAAAUACCAGUAGCUGACAUAGUUGUUGGAGAUAUUGCACAAGUGAAAUAUGGUGACCUUUUACCGGCUGAUGGCAUACUCAUUCAAGGAAAUGACCUCAAAAUUGAUGAAAGCUCACUGACUGGAGAGUCUGACCAUGUUAAAAAGUCUUUGGACCGAGAUCCUAUGUUGCUUUCAGGCACUCAUGUGAUGGAAGGCUCUGGGCGGAUGGUGGUAACUGCUGUGGGUGUGAACUCUCAGACUGGAAUCAUCUUUACCCUGCUUGGGGCUGGAGGAGAAGAAGAGGAGAAGGAAAAAGAGAAGAAGGACAAAAAAAGCAAAAAGCAAGAUGGAGCCAUUGAGAACCGCAACAAAGCUAAAGCUCAAGAUGGUGCAGCUAUGGAAAUGCAGCCACUGAAGAGUGAGGAUGGUGUGGAUGGAGAUGACAAAGACAAGAAGAAAUCCAACAUGCACAAGAAAGAAAAAUCUGUCCUUCAGGGAAAGCUGACAAAGCUUGCAGUUCAGAUUGGCAAAGCAGGUUUGUUGAUGUCUGCAAUCACAGUCAUUAUCCUUGUGUUGUAUUUUGUAAUUGAUACCUUCUGGGUUCAGAAGCGACCCUGGCUUGCUGAAUGUACACCAAUUUAUAUUCAGUACUUUGUUAAAUUCUUCAUUAUUGGUGUUACUGUACUUGUGGUUGCUGUCCCUGAGGGUCUUCCACUUGCCGUCACUAUUUCUUUGGCUUAUUCUGUAAAGAAAAUGAUGAGAGACAAUAACUUGGUGAGACAUCUGGAUGCAUGUGAAACAAUGGGUAACGCAACAGCUAUUUGUUCAGAUAAAACGGGAACACUGACUAUGAACAGGAUGACAGUCGUCCAAGCUUACAUCAAUGAAAAGCAUUACAAAAAAAUUCCAGCACCAGAAGCUAUUCCAGAGAAUAUCAUGACUUACCUUGUCACAGGAAUUUCUGUUAAUUGUGCUUAUACUUCCAAAAUACUGCCACCAGAGAAGGAAGGGGGGCUACCCCGGCAAGUGGGGAACAAGACAGAGUGUGCCUUGCUGGGCUUUCUUUUGGAUUUAAAACGUGAUUAUCAGGAUGUACGAAAUGAGAUACCGGAAGAGAAGUUGCACAAAGUGUACACCUUCAACUCUGUUAGAAAAUCUAUGAGUACUGUGUUAAAAAACUCUGAUGGCAGUUUCCGAAUAUUCAGUAAAGGUGCCUCUGAGAUUGUUCUUAAAAAGUGCUUCAAAAUACUGAGUGCUGAUGGAGAACCAAAGGUAUUCAGACCUAGGGACCGUGACGAUAUCGUAAAAACUGUCAUUGAGCCAAUGGCUUCUGAAGGGCUCAGAACCAUUUGUUUGGCAUUUAGAGACUUUCCAGCAGGGGAACCAGAGCCGGAAUGGGACAAUGAAAAUGACAUUGUUACUGGUCUGACAUGCAUUGCUGUUGUUGGGAUUGAAGAUCCUGUGAGACCUGAGGUACCUGAUGCAAUAAAAAAAUGUCAGCGUGCAGGCAUAACUGUACGUAUGGUCACUGGUGAUAACAUUAAUACUGCUCGUGCUAUUGCAUUAAAAUGUGGUAUUCUGAAUCCUGGUGAAGACUUUCUGUGUUUAGAGGGCAAAGACUUUAAUAGGAGAAUACGCAAUGAAAAAGGAGAGAUAGAGCAAGAGCGAAUAGAUAAAAUUUGGCCAAAGCUACGUGUUCUUGCAAGAUCAUCUCCUACUGACAAACACACUCUAGUAAAAGGUAUAAUUGACAGCACUGUCUUUGAUCAGAGGCAAGUUGUAGCGGUAACUGGUGAUGGUACCAAUGAUGGUCCUGCGCUGAAGAAAGCAGAUGUUGGAUUUGCUAUGGGAAUUGCUGGAACCGAUGUAGCUAAAGAAGCUUCUGAUAUUAUCCUGACGGAUGACAACUUCACCAGCAUCGUCAAGGCAGUUAUGUGGGGACGAAACGUAUACGACAGCAUUUCGAAGUUUCUUCAGUUCCAGCUUACUGUCAAUGUAGUGGCAGUAAUUGUUGCUUUUACAGGAGCGUGCAUAACACAGGAUUCUCCCCUGAAAGCUGUGCAGAUGCUGUGGGUAAAUCUGAUUAUGGACACAUUUGCUUCUCUUGCCUUGGCGACAGAACCACCCACCGAAGCUCUAUUGCUAAGAAAGCCAUAUGGCAGGAACAAACCUCUUAUAUCCCGUACCAUGAUGAAGAACAUUCUGGGCCACGCUGUCUACCAACUCGUAGUGGUCUUUACACUCCUGUUUGCUGGUGAGAAAAUUUUUGAUAUUGAUAGCGGAAGAAAUGCACCUCUGCAUGCCCCUCCUUCAGAGCAUUAUACUAUUGUCUUUAAUACGUUUGUAAUGAUGCAGCUUUUUAAUGAAAUUAAUGCCCGGAAAAUUCAUGGUGAAAGAAACGUUUUUGAAGGAAUCUUUAACAACGCCAUCUUCUGUACUAUUGUUCUGGGAACAUUUGUUGUGCAGGUAAUUAUUGUGCAGUUUGGUGGAAAACCUUUCAGUUGCUCAAAACUUUCAAUUGAACAGUGGCUGUGGUCUGUUUUCCUGGGCAUGGGAACACUACUCUGGGGCCAGUUGAUUUCAACAAUCCCAACUAGCCGCCUGAAAUUUCUUAAGGAAGCUGGUCAUGGAACACAAAAGGAAGAGAUUCCUGAAGAAGAGUUAGCAGAAGACGUGGAGGAGAUUGACCAUGCUGAACGAGAAUUACGUCGUGGUCAGAUCUUGUGGUUUAGGGGCCUAAACAGAAUACAAACUCAGAUGGAUGUAGUGAAUGCUUUCCAGAGUGGAAGUACCAUUCAGGGGGCUCUAAGGCGGCAACCCUCCAUCGCCAGCCAGCACCAUGAUGUAACAAAUAUUUCUACCCCUACACAUGUAGUGUUUUCCUCUACUACUGCUUCUACUACUGUGGGGUAUUCGAGUGGUGAAUGCAUUUCGUAGUUCUUUGUAUGAGGGGCUACAGAAACCUGAGACACGAAGUUCAAUUCACAAUUUUAUGACGCAUCCUGAGUUUAGAAUAGAAGACUCCGAGCCUCAUAUUCCCCUAAUUGACGAUACUGAUGCUGAAGAUGAUGCUCCAACAAAACGCAACUCUACUCCCCCACCCUCUCCCAAUAAAAACAACAAUGCGGUUGACAGUGGAAUUCACCUUACAACAGACAUGAACAAGUCUGCUACCUCUUCAUCCCCAGGGAGCCCGCUACAUAGUUUGGAAACAUCACUCUGAUUGUAAGCUGAAUGUUAACACACUAGCUGCAUUGUAAAGAAAUUGAAACUGGGUCUCUUCACACUUUAUGAUGGACAAGAUGAGAUUCUUGUCUUGGACUUCAACAGAAGACACACUUGUACGAAUGUAGAUUUAUUUUUUUAAACAAAAAAGCUUUCUGCCAGACUGGAGGGUGCUUUUCUGGGGGUGGGAGUAAUAAUGAACUCUGACAGAUGAACAGUAACUCGGCAUAAGUGACCUGUGGAUCAUCUGUUGUACUUAAGAAUGGUCCCGAACAGUGUGUUUAGCAGAGCUUUAGUUUAUCAUGAUCCUUUUUUGAGGGGAAAGCUGGGAAGGGCAAGGAGGCCCUGGAUCGUUGAAUUGAUACUUUAAUUUCUGCUGUUGGCUGUUAAUAAUUUGGAUUAUUUAUGUUUAUAAAUGAUACAGAUCUGUUUACAAGGUUUGUAGAUACUUUUUUGUUCCUGUUCAUAGAUGGGAAGCUUCCUUAUAAAUGACGCAGAGAAAAAUAAUAAUAAUAAUAAAUAAUAAUAAAAUAAAAAUAUUAAAAAAAAAAACUAGUCCUUCAAAUACUGCUGUAUUUUCAGGAAAAGGGUGUUUCUAUUGAAACUGUACUAAAUUUUGCCUGCAAUUUACCUUGUUAAAUAUUGUAGAUAAAUUGCUGAUACUAAUAGCCAAAUAGAUAACACUAAUGCUUUGUAAAAACAUGAGCAGUGGUGUUCUAAUGAAGUUAUGGCCUCUGUCCUGAUUAGUUUCUUAAAUACAUUUACUACUUAAUGGUUUUGAAACAACUGUUUAAUUUUUAAAAAUUUUGAGAAACUUAACUGAAUAACUUUUGUUCAGAACUUAGUAGGAUUGUUUAACGCAGGACAUCAAUAUGUGAUGGAACUUGCUUGAAACAUUUCUGUUAUCUCGGGCAAAAUGGAUUAAAUCAAAAUACAUCAGAAUCUUAGUCCUUUGUUUUUGUCUAAACAUGUUAGUUUAGUGCUGUCUUGGUGAACUGUGAGUGGAACUGUGAUUUUUUUCUAAUCUAUAAAAUCCUUCAUGCAGCAUGAGGGCUGUUGGCAUUUUGAAAGGUUGUUAGUGGGUAGCAUACAUGUUCUCCUUUUUGUUUUUGAAACUUGUUUGUAAACAUGAAUAAACCUGCCCUUUUGUUAAAAUAAAAUUGCAGCGAUGGUUUAUUACAGAUUUUUUUAUUAUUAUUAUUUUAUUUUUUUUCCCUCAGCUCCAUCACAGGAAACACUGAAAAGUACUCUCUUGUAUUACUGGUUAAAACUACUUUUAGCUACAAUUUCAAGAUGGUAACAGCCCCACUAUAAGUAGGACUUGCAGGUAAAUGGAAUUGCGGUGGCUGCCUCAGAAUGAAUGUAAGGUUAAGGUACUCACAAGUCUUUGUUGAGCCCAAAAGAUACUCCUUGGCAAAUAGUCUGGCUGAGAUUCCAAGAUGUGCUUAUAGAUCUCUGUAUCCCUUUGUAAAGGGAGGAAAAGAAGAACUGACCGAUGGCACCAGUGAAAGUACAUUUUCCACUUGAAUAAUAUGCACCAAAACUAACCUGCUAGUGCUAGUGAUAGACUGCAAAACCCACGGUCUGCCUCCGCUGCACUCUUUAAACAGCUAAGGAUGGUGGAACAGCGCUGAAUUUGCUGGAUCAUGCCACGUUUUCCCAGUCCGUUACUGUUCAGAAGAGCAUGACUUUAAUACUAUGUUUCUUUUCAACAGCUCUGUGUUCAUAAACAUAGUAUUUGCGUGGAUCGCUUUUCUUCUUUCCCAGAGUAAUCCGUAAUAUUGAAGACUUUUUUUAUAGAGGUCGCUUGGGAGGAAUUACAUUGGUGAUGAGGGAGGAGGUAACAAUACUAGAGCAAACUGCAGGAGCGAGCAGGUUAAGGAGACAGGCUCAAGCAGAUCUUUUCCUUUGUGGUGGGAUAACUUCAUGCUUGCGUUUGUUCUUCAAUGGCUAAUGUUGAAUGUGUAGCACUGUAUCCCACUGUCAACCACAUCUGAAUUCAGUCUUUUCUAGUUUACUGAAGAAAAUACACUGAAUUCUAGGCAAGGGGAGUUUGCACUUGACACUUUGUAUAGUAAGUUCUCCCGUGUGUUUCUAGCACUUCUCUCACUUCAGAUUUCUUACCUAGAGUGCUUGGUGGGGUAACCCUUUUUAUGUACGUGGUUUUUCUCUCUACUGCUGAAGUCAGAUAAGCAUUGGUUUAAAAUGUGUAGAGUUUCAUUACCCAUAACAAUACACCACCGUGAGAGGAAGAUUCACUGUAUCAUAGUUUAACAUGAGUUUUGAAAACAGACUUUAGUUUUUCCCUCUUCUAGUUGUGCUCAUGACUGCGUUGUAUCUUUUGGAAUAAAUUCUACACGUAAGCCUUUUGGGGGACAGGGGAGCAAAUGUAGGCUUUGUACAUCAGUGGUCCCUCUUGAUUCUGUUAAUAUCAGUGUGCUGUUCUUUAUAGGAAGUGUAAGUGAAACCUAAAUAAGGAAAAGUUGUUGGGGGGGGAGGGCUGGGGGGAGGGGAUGCUUUCUUUGUGAUCUCAAGAACUCAUAAACAUGUUGCCUAGAUUAUGAAAUGGUUAUCACUAAGCUACUGAGGCCUUCAUUGCCUUUCUGGUUGUAAGGUUUACUUGUCUUUAUUGUAACUGAAAUAAAUAAAUGUGCUGUUCAUCUCA